AUGAAGAAGACAGAUGAGAAUGAGUUCUUGUAUAUUUUUAUCGCUCUAAAUGCAUUCAUUAAGGGAUUCGAUCAUUGUAGACCGGUCGUAGUUGCUGAUGCUAGUUAUCUGAGAGGAAUGUAUACUGGGGCAUUUGUAAUAGCAUGUACAAUGGAUAGAGCAGGUCAUAUAUUCCCUCUGGCAUAUGGUGUGAUUGAUUCUGAAAAUGAUGCAUCAUGGCCGUGGUUCUUUCAGAAUCUAAAGAAAGCGUACGGGAAAAGACAAAACAUGUGUGUUGUUUCUGAUAGGAAUCCAAGCAUCAUAAAGGCUGUUAGCAAUGUGUACAACGAUGUUCCUCAUUAUGCAUGUAUGUGGCAUCUAUGGAGGAAUGUUAAAAAACUUUACAAGAAGUCACACGAUGCAUUGUCGGAAAUCUUUUAUACAAUGGCCAAAUCAUAUUCAAAGUCAGAAUUUCAAAUGUUAAUGAAAAAAGUAGAGGCAAUUGAUAUUAGGGUGAAGAAUUAUUUGGAAUUGGUUGGUUACGAAAAAUGGGCUAGGUCCUAUGCAACAGUUAAUCGAGGGUGGACUUUGACUUCAAACAUUGCAGAGUCAAUAAAUGGAGUACUUGUUUCAGCUAGAGAACUGUCAAUUUAUGACUUUCUUGAGGAGGUUCGAUUAUUGUUUGCAAAAUGA